AGGCUGCGUCGCCCUCGGCCAGAGGGUCGCCGUCCGGCGAGCGGAGCAAGCCGCGGGGAGACAGCAGCGUACGUGCCCUGCGUGAGUGCGUGGCGGCGGCGCGUGCGCGAAGCGAGGGGGCGGUGUGGCAGGGUCCACGUGCGUCCUUCCCCGCGCCCCCAGCGGCUCAGCGACCCCGGCUCCAUGACCUGAGACACCCAGCCCGUGGCCGUCCCGGAGCGGCUCGGCCGUUUCUCCCGCAGGCUGGAGCAGCAGCCACCAGUGUCACUAUGGUGGCUGUAGGCAACUACUGCGAGGCCGAAGGGCCCAUGGUUCCGGCGUGGGCUCAGAAUGGCCUAAGUCCCUGCUUCUUCUUCACGCUCGUGCCCUCGCUGCAGAUGACCCUGGGGGCCCUGGCCGUGGUGCUGGCUCUUCCCUGCAAGCGUCGAGAGAGGCCCACUGGCGCUGACGCACUGUCCUGGGGCACCGGGCCGCGCGUCGCUCCCUAUGGGCUGCAGCUGCUUCUGGCCAUGCUUCAGGUGGUGCUGCCCCUGGCUGGCCUAGUUGGCCGGGUGGGCACCGCCCGAGGGGCCCCGCUGCCAGGCUACCUGCUGCUGGCGUGUGUGCUGGAAAGCCUGGCUAGCUUCUGUGGACUGUGGCUGCUUGUGGUGGAAAGGAACCAGGCACGGCAGAGGCUGGCAAUGGGCGUUUGGAUCAAGUUCAGGCACAGCCUGGGUCUCCUACUUCUCUGGACAGUGACCUUUGCAGCUGAGAACUUAGCCCUAGUGUCAUGGAACAGCCCGCAGUGGUGGUGGGCACGGGCUGACCUGGGCCAGCAGGUGCAGUUUGGCCUGUGGGUCCUGAGAUAUGUGGUUUCUGGAGGGCUGUUUGUCCUGGGGCUCUGGGCCCCUGGACUUCGUCCCCAGUCCUACACCCUCCAGGUUCAGGAAGAGGACCAAGACAUAGAAAGGAACCAGGCUCAGUCAACAGACCAACGAUCUACCUGGCGAGAUCUUGGCAGGAAGCUGCGCCUACUGAGUGGCUACCUGUGGCCUCGAGGGAGUCCCAUUCUGCAGCUGGUUGUGCUCUUCUGCCUGGCCCUCAUGGGAUUGGACCGAGCACUCAAUUUGUUGGUCCCCAUCUUCUAUAGGGAUAUUGUGAACUUGUUGACUGAGAAGGCGCCUUGGAACUCUCUGGCCUCAACUGUUACGAUCUAUGUCCUCCUCAAGUUCCUCCAGGGCGGUGGCACAGGCAGUACAGGCUUCGUGAGCAAUCUGCGCACAUUCCUGUGGAUCCGGGUGCAGCAAUUCACGUCGCGGCACAUGGAGUUGCGCCUCUUCUCCCACCUGCACGAGCUCUCACUGCGCUGGCACUUGGGCCGCCGCACAGGGGAGGUGCUGCGGAUCGUGGACCGGGGAACGUCCAGUGUCACAGGGCUGCUCAGCUACCUGGUCUUCAACAUCAUCCCCACGCUGGCUGACAUCAUCAUCGGCAUCGUCUACUUCAGCUCGUUCUUCAAUGCCUGGUUUGGCCUCAUUGUGUUCGUGUGCAUGAGUCUUUACCUCAUCCUGACCAUCGUGGUCACUGAGUGGAGAGCCAAGUUUCGCCGUGCUAUGAACACACAGGAGAACGCCACCCGGGCGCGAGCUGUGGACUCCCUGCUAAACUUUGAGACGGUGAAGUACUACAAUGCCGAGGGUUAUGAAGUAGACCGGUAUCGAGAGGCCAUCAUCAAGUAUCAGGAUUUGGAGUGGAAGUCAAACGCUUCACUGGUUUUGCUGAAUCAGACCCAGAACUUUGUGAUUGGACUCGGGCUCCUCGCUGGCUCUCUGCUCUGUGCAUACUUUGUCAGUGAGCAGAAGCUCCAGGUUGGGGACUUUGUGCUCUUUGGCACUUACAUCAUCCAACUGUAUAUGCCUCUCAACUGGUUUGGCACCUACUACAGGAUGAUCCAGACCAACUUCAUUGACAUGGAGAACAUGUUUGACCUGCUGAAAGAGCAGCCAGAAGUCAAAGACCUCCCUGGAGCAAGGCCCCUUCACUUUCGGAAGGGCCAGAUUGAGUUUGAGAAUGUGCACUUCGGCUACACUGAUGGGAGAGAGACCCUGCAGGACGUGUCCUUUACAGUGAUGCCUGGACAGACACUGGCCCUGGUGGGCCCAUCGGGGGCAGGAAAGAGCACGGUGUUGCGUCUGCUAUUUCGCUUCUAUAACAUCAACUCUGGCUGCAUCCGAAUAGACGGGCAGGAUAUUUCACAGGUGACCCAGAUAUCUCUGCGCUCUCACAUUGGAGUCGUGCCCCAAGACACUGUCCUCUUCAAUGACACCAUUGCCAACAACAUCCGCUAUGGCCGUGUCACAGCUAGGAACGAUGAGGUGGAGGCUGCUGCUCAGGCUGCAGGCAUCCAUGACGCCAUUCUGACUUUCCCUGAAGGGUACGAGACACAGGUGGGGGAGCGAGGACUGAAGCUGAGCGGGGGAGAGAAACAGCGAGUUGCCAUCGCACGCACCAUUCUCAAAGCCCCAGACAUCAUUCUGCUGGACGAGGCAACAUCAGCCCUGGAUACAUCUAACGAGAGGGCCAUCCAAGCUUCGCUAGCCAAAGUCUGCGCCAACCGCACCACCAUUGUGGUGGCACACAGGCUGUCCACUGUAGUCAAUGCUGACCAGAUCCUUGUCAUAAAGGAUGGCUGCAUUGUGGAAAGAGGACGGCACGAGGCACUGUUGUCUCGAGGUGGGGUGUAUGCCAACAUGUGGCAGCUGCAGCAGCAGGGACAAGAAGAAGUCUCUGAAGACAUCAAACCUCAGCCCGAGGCACAGUGACAAGCCGUGGCCUCUUCCCUCUAAAAAACUAACUCGGGACGAAGACACAGCCUUUUCCCUGCCUGAUUUCAUCCUGGCAUAAGGGUGUGGUGCUAGCUGUCUGAGGGAAAAGGACCUCUCUAAAAAGCACUUCCUGGGAAAAUAAAAGUGUACUUACUACUCAA